CAACACAAAGAAGCCGAAGCGUUGGGCUGGAAAAAAACCCCAUUAGAUCUCAAGCCAAGAGAAGGACUCAAUUAAUGACAACAGUUUCAAUAAAAAACGGCCUUGUUUUUUUUUUUUUUUUUUUUAUCCAUAGUUGGUCACAUUUCUCAUACAUUGAAAGGGAAACUGCACAGCCGUCGUACAGGAGAGAGUGAAGCAUAAACAGCGAGACGUUCUGUAUCCCAAUGGCUUGGUGGUCGGAGGCAGUGUUCACUCUCUGCCAAGCCGUGGUUCUGGUGCCUCUGUAGCGGCUGGGAUACGCUGCUGGCACCGGGUUGACGGAUGAAAGACAUGCCUGCGUUGGAUGCUGCGAGCUGAAACAGAGGUGGUUUCAACGGACGCUGGCUGGGAAUCCCCGUUCUGUGCGCUAGAUUGCAAACGGAAGUGGAUGGAUACCAUUGCUCCCUGAUACGUACUGACCCGGCCCAUCCUGUUUGACCUCUGACCCCAAACCCCUGAGUCUCACCCCAUCGCCAUGACGUCGACCUCGUGGCCUCAGCUGCUGGCCUUCAAGCUGGCCCUUCCACCCCGUGACCCUGGGAUCCCAGAGAGGAUCUUCAGCUGUGACGAGGAGAUCGAGCGGCGCUACGAGAUUGUCCCCUCCGUGGUCUGUUCCAUGUGCUGUCUCUUCGGUAUCAUCUAUUGCUUCUUUGGGUACCGAUGCUUCAAGGCGGUGAUGUUCCUGACGGGCCUGAUGUUCGGCUCGGUCAUCAUCUUCAUGCUGUGUUACAAGGAGCGCGUCCUGGACACGCAGCUGAGCGUGGAGGCCUCGGUGGGCAUCGGCCUGGGCAUCGGCACCCUGUGCGGGCUGGUCACCAUGCUGGUCCGCUCCGUGGGCCUCUUCAUGGUGGGCCUGCUGCUGGGCCUCCUUCUGGGAGUCGCCUCCCUGGUGGUGAUGGAGGAGUUCCACCACCCACGGACGGUGUGGGUGCCCCUCGGGGUCUUGCUGGGGUCAGGGAUGCUGUUCGCCGUGCUCACCCUCCAGUGGCAGCGCUUCUUCACCACCCUGUCCACCGCCGUGUUCGGCUCGGCGGUCAUCACCAUCACCGUGGACUACUUCAUCGAGCUGUUCGCCCUGGUCAGGUACAUCUUGGAGAGGAUCAAGGUGGCGCCGCCCCGUCCUGUCUGCUGGUUCACCUGGGUCAUCAUGGGGGUGUGGCCUGUCCUGGCGUUGCUAGGGGUCCUCAUCCAAUGGAAAGUCACCGCAGAGGGAUACUCCCACACAGAGCUGGUCCUCAGUAGACAGCAGAGGCGUGUUCAGCUGAUGCGGAUCCACCAGAAGGAGGAGAGGUUGCAGAAGGAGGUGAGGAAGAAGAAGAAGAAGAAGCAGAAACAGCAGCGGCCUCAGCAGAAACAGCCGGGUCAUCCCCAACACCAGCAGUACCACCACCCGCCUCCACCCAGCUACCCCCCUCCACCCAGCGUCUCCACCACCACCAAGCCUCUGCUUCCAGAGCCGGUCACCUACCACAGGAAGCCCAACCCCAUACGACGCUUUGAUGGUGACGUUCUCUCUCCGAGCUACAUUGCUAGUUUCCGAGACAGGCACGGGGACAAACGGGGGUACCCUCGUCACAGCAGACCCAUCGCCGGGCACCACACAGCAGACCGGGACUAUGACUGCGGAUCCCAAGUGCCCCUGACGGCCGCCAAUGGACCCGCCGUGCGUGUCUGACAGCGUGGAAAAAGCCUUCGUUCAGUGUGUAAUAACAAUCGUGGUGCAACUGGCCUGGGUGGGACUCUUUAAGAAAACGUUGUCAAUAUCUGGAUUGAACUUUGACCCUGGCCCAGUGUAUUCUGGGGUGGAUAUCAGUAUGUCCUCCAUUUGCAUCGCUUACAUUCCUCCUUGAACCAACGUUUCUAAAUCACUAACAUUCCUACCUAAACCAAUCAAUGUCCAGAACACUAACAUUCCUCUCUGAACCAAUCAGUGUUCAUCUCACAAAAAUUCCUCCCUGAACCAGUCAGUGUCCAAAUCAAUAACAUUCCUCCCUGAACCAAUCAGAGUCCAGAUCACUAACAUUCCUACCUAAACCAAUCAGUGUCCAAAUCACUAACAUUCCUCCCUGAACAAAUCAGUGUCCAGGUCACUAACAUUGCUCCCUAAACCAAUCAGAGUCAAGAUCACUUAAACCCUGGAAAGAGGUACUCUGCAAAGGAUUAAAAAAACUAUUAAACUGAUUCCGUUCUCCAUUUCGGUUUUCUAACAUUCCAUCCUUUAUCCUUCCUGUUUAGAUGGGCUGUUUAGAUGGGCUGUCACCAUCCUGUAAUUGCUAUGUCACAGUACCAUGACCCAUUGGAGACACCCUCUGCCAGGUUAUGUUUCAGUACAUUGCUGCCAGUAUCCUGCCCACCACAGACUGAUGUAUGAGCCCUUCUUCAAGCUUUACGUGCUCCCACAUUUUCCCUGAUCAUCUUCUGUGAUAUUUGGGCCGGUGUUGAUGUUUUGUGUGAGUCCAGGAUCAUUGUACUGAAAUGUCAGAACCUGACCCAGAUCCGGACUCGACCCGGCUUGUCCUCGAUGAAGUCCUGUCAACCUGAUCACCUCAUUAAGGCUGUGGGCUCAUUGGAUGGGCUUGAAACAUGAGAUGUUUGCUGUGAAGCUCCUGUAUUAUUCAAACAGUCCUGCUGUGGGCUUUCAAUUGCUCUUUACUGGCCUUGUGUUGGGCUCCCUUCUCCUCCCCUCUCGUCUCCUCCCUCCCUUCUCCUCCCCUCUCAUCUCCUCCCCUCUCGUCUCCUCCCGUGAGUCCGGUGUGGUGGGGGGGUACUAUGGUCUGUGUGGUAAUGUCUACCUCUGGGUUGCGUGUUGGACUGCAGAAUAUACAGCUGUGCUUUUGUCCUGUGAUGCUGCCUGAAAUCCUUGGGUUGUCUAAUUCAAAAUCCAGUCAAAUCCGAAAGCAAAUCCCAAAUUCCCAAUUGUAAAUCAUCCCAACUGAAACGCAGUGAAAGGAUGGAUUUCACAUUGGAAUUUUUAACCAUCUUGGCUGAAAGUAAAGAGAAACAAUUGUCCAGACCCUGGUGCCUGGGGAGGUGUGGGGAGGUGUGGGGAGGUGACUAGAUAAAAUAAUACAGAGGGCCUAUAGUACAGCGAGUGUGGAUGACAUUUCACAUGUACAGCAUCAUGUAAAGGAGGCUGUGCCAUGACCACCACCUCCUGUGGGACCCGGCUCUUAUGGAGGUUCGGAGCUAGGUCCUCGGCCCGGCAGUCAUGUGCGCCUGCACCCCGGUCGCGCCACUGCGUAGCCUUUUGUUGUGCGUCUCUAGAGGAGGCGUUUCCCCGUCGGUGUGGGAGCCCCUGAGUUGCUGACCUCCAUCUGUGUUUACAAUGUUCAGGUACUCUCAGAGUGACCCGUGUUAUGCACGGAGGAUUGUGUGCUGAGGAUAUGCCAGGGACACAGUGUGUGUGUGUGUGUGUGUUUGUUUGCACGUGUAUAUUUGACAGACGCUUGAAGGCACUUCGUCAUGUGCUGCAUGUUUUAAGUGGGGGGUGGAUCCAUUGGGAAUAAAACCCACAACCUCUGGCAUUGCAAGCCUGACACUGUGUAAGGGCUGAGCCACGGAGGACGACGUGUCUUUUUAGGACAAAAUAUGUUGUACAUGUUGGUGGCAGACGCUCGCUCUGUUUCUUCCCCGGGGAAAGAUCAUGGCUACUCCCCCCUGGCUCCGGUUAAAAGUUAAAGGGCCUGCAGGAUUCAUCCGGUUUUAUCUUGUUACACGACUGUCAGUCAAAGAUACCUUUAAUGUCUGUAAAUACUGUACAGCUUUUGAAUGUUGUAUCUUGCUUGUUGUCAAAAUGGUGUACCUAACAGUGCUAUUCUUUUUUAUUGAUUGAUUAAAUCAGAUUUUUUUUCUGAGAAUAGAGUUAACACCCCUUUGUAAGUGUAUUUAUCUCCUGUAUGAAUGGAUCACUGGGGCUCGGUGGGCAGCCGUAACAUAAAGUUUGCUAGCUGGGAUACGUUAGCUCACAGGGAUAACGUUAGCUAGCUGGUAUACGUUAGCUCACAGGGAUAACGUUAGCUAGCUGGUAUACGUUAGCUCACAGGGAUAAAGUUAACUAGCUGGGAUAACGUUAGCUAGCUGGUAUACAUUAGCUCGCAGGGAUAAAGUUAGCUAGCUGGGAUACGUUAGCUCACAGGGAUAAAGUUAACUAGCUGGGAUAACGUUAGCUAGCUGGGAUAACAACACCAGUUACAUUGUAGAGCGGCACCCCACUGCUGGCAUGGAUCAUAUAUUACCCCGCCGGCGUCUUGUGUCAAUCACCUUUCAAAAGCUUGUCCGCUCUGCAACCUGACUUGAAUCGAAUUGCAGGCAUUUCUACUGGGGACCACAUGAUUUGCACUUCUCCCCUAUGGACUGUCAGCUGUUGGUUUCCACAGCAGCGACCCAAUCGGUAACAUAUUCCCUUCAGUGCCCUGCUGAUAACUGGAGCCCAGUUUAAAAAUAGUGCCCUGACUUGGAGAAUAGGGUGCCAUUUGGUACGUACAUAUCAGUUAAGGCAUUAUCUAGUCAUGCGUGCAAGGGGACACUAAACAGUAGAUCUGAGCCUGGAAAACAUUAUUAUUAUUAUUACUGUUGUAAUGGUCAUUAUUAUUGAGCAUGUAUUUGUAUGAACAUAAAUAUGAUAAACGUUGUGAUUAAAAAGGCAAUGACUCAGUU